AUGUUCUCCCAGGAACUGUGGCUGGAAAAUGAGAAAAAGUGUGCAGUGGUUCGGAAGCCUAAGCCGGGCAGGAAGCGGCAGGAGCUGCUGGCCGCGGCCUGGGGGGUGAAGGUGGGCGUGAAGGGCGGCUUUCUCUGGCCCCCUCUCAAACUCUUUGCCUGUCCACAGAUCUCCUCCCUGGUCAGGAGGGCCGCCCUCACGCACAACGACAACCACUUCAACUAUGAGAAGACACACAACUUUAAGGUCCACACAUUCCGAGGCCCGCACUGGUGUGAAUACUGUGCCAACUUCAUGUGGGGGCUCAUCGCCCAAGGGGUCCGGUGCUCAGACUGCGGGCUGAACGUCCACAAGCAGUGUUCCAAGCACGUUCCCAACGACUGUCAGCCGGACCUCAAGAGGAUCAAGAAGGUGUACUGCUGUGACCUGACCACCCUGGUGAAGGCGCACAACGCCCAGAGGCCCAUGGUGGUGGACAUAUGCAUCCGGGAAAUCGAAGCAAGAGGAUUAAAGUCGGAAGGACUUUACAGGGUCUCCGGGUUCACAGAACACAUCGAAGAUGUCAAAAUGGCAUUUGACAGAGAUGGUGAAAAGGUAGACAUAUCUGCCAACCUCUACCCAGACAUAAACAUCAUCACUGGAGCCCUUAAACUGUAUUUCAGAGACUUACCCAUUCCUGUCAUCACCUAUGAUACCUAUUCCAAAUUUAUAGAAGCAGCAAAAAUCGCCAACGCAGACGAGAGGCUAGAAGCCGUCCACGAGGUGUUGAUGCUGCUGCCUCCCGCCCACUAUGAGACCCUCCGGUACCUGAUGAUCCACCUGAAGAAGGUGACUAUGAAUGAAAAGGACAAUUUCAUGAACGCCGAGAACCUGGGGAUCGUGUUUGGGCCCACCCUGAUGAGGCCCCCCGAGGACAGCAUGCUCACCACCCUCCAUGACAUGCGGUACCAAAAGCUGAUUGUGCAGAUUCUAAUAGAAAACGAAGACGUUUUGUUUUAACCACCAGGGAAAUGGGCUGGAUGGCCCCAGGCCCAUGGAAGUUCAGAAGGCUCAAGGAAUAAAAACGCUUCUUUCACUUGAUUUGUUUUCCAAACAAGUGACAGAAUGUCCUGGACCGCAACGGAUGGCCCCGUCGGCUCCUGUGUCUCAUAGACACUCGCUUCCUCCACGUGAGAACAGCGCGGGCGAGGGUGAGAGAACGCCCUCCCUGGGGCCUUCGCCGUGCCUCGUAUGUAUGUCUGUUUUGCUGGAAGAGUGAUUAAUAAAUCUUUCUUUAACUUAUUAAAAAAAAACAAUGUAGACCUUUAUACUUCAGGUUUAUCAGUAAUAAAAGGGAACUUCAUUCAGAGAGGUACUUGAUACAGUUAAACAUUUUCCACUUACGAAAAGAAAGACAAUUCUAUAUGUUAAAUGUUAAAUGAGACUUAUAUUGUAAAAUGGAUUUUUAUUUUAGCUGCAAGAAUGUUCCUUUAUUUUAGCAAAUAGAACUCAAUGCAGUGCAUUGAUUAUCGCCCAGUGUACCUUGUCCUGCCUUCGUGCUGUGAUCCCUGCGGAAGUUUACCAUGAAUGCAGUAUUAUCUUGACAUACCUCCGUCCUUAUCAGUGCUUUCCAGUGAAACUUCACCUGUUGCCUGUGUCCCUGCUUUGGAUCCUUUCUGCUGUUAAGCACUGGCAUUGUGCUAUCGUAUGGUAUAUGUUUAUAGCAAUUGUAAGAAUGGUCUGGAACCGUGGUCAGCAAACUGCGGCUCACAAGCCACAUGCGGCUCUUUGGCCCCUUGAGUUUUUAGCAAAGGCCAGCUUAGGAGUACUCUAAUUACGUUAAUAACAAUGUACCUACCUAUACAGUUUAAGUUUAAAAAAUUUGGCUCUCAAAAGAAAUUUCAAUCGUUAUACUGUUGAUAUUUGGUUCUGUUGACUGAUGAGUUUGCCGACCACUGGUCUGGAACAUCCACAAACUUUCUUCCCAUAAAAAUUUCGUAAAGUCUCAAAGUCUGUUUGGAAUUGAUCAUGGUCUUUCCAUAUCAUGUGUGCAUACUCCAGAACAUGCAGCAUGCAGCCGUUUUACAUCUGGUCAUUUGGCCACACUGGUUGCAUCUGGGCUGUAUAGAAAGUUAGCAUUUUUUUCCCCUUUUCUUUGCAGGCAAGCACUCAGAGUUCAUCUGUUAAUGCCAAAUUGUAUUUUUGCCACAUUUCUGCAUUUAUGAAAAGCGAAUCUGCAGGAUAAUUGCUGAUUUUCUUUUCAUUUUUGUUUUAUAAACAAGCCUAUUUUUCAAAGUAAGAAUGAAUGAGUUUGGUUUCCAUCAAUAUUUGUUCCUCUUUGAUCAAAGUAGCUCUGUAUGGGUAAUAAUUUAAUAUGAUUUUAUUACUACAGUUCUGAUUGGUUAUAUUUAUCUUAGCAUGAGCUUUUCACACCAAGAUUUCUAUAUUUUGUAACAUAGGGAAAAUAUUUAAAACAUCAAAAACUGUACAUCUCGAUUUUUUCCCCCUUCAGUCUUUUCCUCCAAUUGUCUGAGAUGAUUUAUACAAUUACUCACCUGUGUUGUUUUGGGGUGACCAGGAGAAAAUUAAUGUGACAAGGGGGUUGGAAGGAGGAGGCAGCAGCGUGGUCGCCGGGCAAGUCCCCGGAUGGACUCCUGGGUACAAGGGGGAGAAAGCACUUCUGCUAGGUCCCUGCUAUCCUGGUUCAUCCCAGCUGUACAGAUUGGUUUGUGGUAGCUGAUGUACUUCUUGAUACUGUCAAAAAUUAUCUGGAAAUGGUUUUAUUUUGUGAAGUGGACAAUACUUUGUAAUUUAUGAUCAUGUAAAUGGAAGGAAAGGAAUUAAAUGCAUUCAAUUCUUCUGUCUAUCAUUUUGGAGUAUGCAUAAGAAAUCCGUGGCGGGAAGUGGUGC